CAGCAGCUUCACCGGUGGCCGCGCAGCGAGGACCGGGUUCGCUUCAUUUGAAAAGCUGCUCCGGUGAGUCCGCACCGAGUCCCACGCGCACCUUCAGCCGCAGUCGGGUUGCGGUCACACGGCCAUGGCGUCCAUCGUUUGCCGGGUCCAGUACCUGGAGGACUCGGAUCCGUUUAUCUGCACAAACUUUCCCGAACCUCGGAGACCUCCGACGGUGAGCGUGGAGGAGAACCUGCCGCUCAGUGAGCAGAUCGCCGGGAUACACAAGCUGCUGGAGGCGCCGCUCAAGCUGGAGGAGUGCACCCUUCAGUUGUCUCCUCAUGGGAACUACCUGGACCUGGACUCGUCUCUGGCCGAGCAGAGGGACGAGCUGGAGGGCUUCUAUGAAGACGUGACAAAAGGGAAGAAGCCCCUCCUGAUCCUGAGGACUCAGCUCUCGGUCCGAGUGCACUCCGUCCUGGAGAAGCUGUACAACUCUCAGGGUCCAGAGCUCAGGCGGUCCCUCUUCUCUCUCAAACAGCUCUUCCAGGAUGAUAAAGACCUGGUUCCAGAGUUCGUGGCCUCUGAAGGUUUGACCUGUUUCAUUAAAGUUGGAGCGGAGGCCGACCACAACUACCAGAACUACAUCCUGAGAGCUCUCAGUCAGAUCAUGCUGUUUGUGGACGGGAUGAACGGAGUGAUAAACCACAAUGAGACGGUGCAGUGGCUCUACACGCUGACAGGAAGUCUGUCCCGUCUGCUGGUGAAGACGUCUCUGAAGCUGCUCAUCGUCUUCGUGGAAUAUUCAGAGUCCAACAGUCCUCUGCUCAUCAGCGCCGUCAACACAGUGGACGGAAGGAGAGGUGAGAAGCCGUGGAGUUACGUGAUGGAGGUCCUGCAUGAGAGAAACGGCUCCGACACAGAGCUCCUGAUGUUCACCAUGACGCUCAUCAACAAGACUUUAGCGGUGCUCCCGGACCAGGACUCGUUCUACGAUGUGACAGACAGUCUGGAGCAGUUGGGGAUGGAGACCGUCAUCCACAAACACAUGAAGAACAAGGGGACGGAGGCAGACCUGCGAGCGCAGUUCACCAUCUACGAGGCAGCUCUGAGGUAUGAGGACGGCGAGAUGGACGACUCGUCCCCUCACAUCCGCAAAGAGAGAAGAAAGAUGGCCACCGGAGAGCAGGAGGGACGAAAGGGCCGCCGCUCGUCCAGCCAAAACCUCCCCGACCUCCUGUCCUCCUCUGCAGGCUCCUCCCCCACUACUCCUGCUGUCCCCUCCCCCAUCACUCCUGCCGUCCCCUCCCCCUCCACCACCCCUCUUGCCGCCCCCUCCCCCUCCCUCACCCCUCCUGCCGUCCUCUCCCCCUCCCCCGCCAACAUCCCCCUCUCCCCCGCCCUCUCCUCUGCCUCCUCCCCCAGCCCCACGGCGAUGUUAGGUAGCAGGUCCUCGUCCCCGCUGACCUCUGACCCCGGCAGUCCCGCUUCCAGUCCAUCUGGAUCCCAGAGAGGGUCUCCCCUGCCCCCCCUCACAGCCCCCAACGGUACCAUGACCACAGAGCAGGAACCAAAGAAACCAUCCAGCGCGAGUCGCUCUUUCCUCAGCCACCACAUGUCAGCUCUAGGUCUGAGCAGGAGGUCCAGGCUCUUCUCCAAAGCCAGCUCCAUCUCCGAGGAGCCUUCAGCCACCCGCAGCUCGUCCUCAGACCUCUCUCACCAAGAGAACUCGUCCCAGUUGAACCCGGAGCAGCCUGACAACAAGACGGAGACUAAAACCAGUUUCAAUUCCUACCCCAGCUCUGGGUCUGGGGAGGCUGACCUUCCCUUUUGCCCAGAUGACUGUAACAAGCCGGUUCUGAGGAUGUAUAAAGACACCUUCCUGCGCACCCUGGCAGCCACACAGUGGGAUAAGAAGAGGAGAAGUAAACAGCUGGACCAGUCUGAUGACGUCGUAACCCCGAGCCUGCAGCCUGCAGAGGAGGGCAGCGGUGCCCCAGCUGAGGAGCUGCCGCCUCAGGCCUCGACGUCCGCUACUUUGGACACAAACAAACACACUGACUCCCAGAAUGACCCAGCAGGGUCGGUGCAGCGGCAGUGCAGCACUCUGUCCAACGACAAGAAGUUUCUGCUGGACAUGCUGUUCUCCAAGACGUCGAGCGCAGCGCCUCUGAGCCCGACCGCUGCAGCCCCGGACACCACCGAGGAAGAAGGGAGCCUCCUGCCCGGUGGAGAUCUGGGCGGUCGGGGGCGUGUGGUGGACCGUCUGUCCGACUUCAGAGCGCGCUCCGUCGAGCCGUCCGGCCCCAGCGAGCGCAGCGCCUCCCGCAGGGCGGAGCUGGAGGGGCUGGAAGGCUCCGCCCAGGCAGCUCGGGCCCGACUGGCUGAAGAGCAACAGACCCGUUACCUCCGGCAGCAGAGCAGCGUAGACGUGGAGGGCCCCGUCCGCCGCCUGGAGAUGACCCCGCUGGGCCCCGGGGGCCCCUCUGACGCCUGGGAGCAGCUGCAGCUGAGCGCCGCCGCCUUGCGCAUCAAAGACCUGGACUUCUCUGACCUGCUGGACGAGGAGGACAUCGACGUCUUGGACAUGGACACAUUCGUCGACUCCUCCUCCUGCUCCUCCGGCAUCCCUCCCCCUCCUCCUCCUCCCCCGGGCCUAGCUGGUCCUCCUCCUCCUCCUCCUCCUCCCCCCCCUCCUCCACCAGGGGGUCCAGCCUGUCCCCCACCUCCUCCCCCUCCUCCUCCUCCAGGUGCUCCUCCUCCUCCUCCCUCGUCCUCAUCGUCCUCCUCUCAGAAGAAGAAGAAGAUGGUGAAGUUGUUCUGGAAGGAGCUGAAGCAGGCGGACGGACCUCAGAAGUGCCGGUUCGGUCGGGGGACGGUGUGGGCGUCUCUGGACAAGGUGGCGGUGGACACGUCCCGACUCGAACACCUGUUUGAGUCUAGAGCCAAGGAGCUCGCUGUCUCCAAGAAAGGACCUGAGACAAAGAAGUCUGAGAUUCUGGUUCUGGACUCUAAGAGGAGUAACGCCAUCAACAUCGGGAUGACCGUCCUGCCGGCUGUGCACGUCAUCAAGACCGCCAUCCUCAACUUCGACGAGUUCGCCAUCAGCAAGGAGGGGAUAGAGAAGAUCCUGACCAUGACCCCCACAGAGGAGGAGAAGCAGAAGAUCCAGGAGGCCCAGCUGGCCAAUCCUGACGUUCCUCUGGGCACGGCGGAGCAGUUCCUGUUCAGCCUGGCCUCCAUCAGCGCCCUGACCCCCCGUCUGCAGCUCUGGGCCUUCAAACUGAACUACGAGGCUCUGGAGAAGGAGAUCGCAGAGCCGCUGUUUGACCUGAAGCUGGGCAUGGAGCAGCUGGCCUCCAAUCAGACCUUCAGGAGGAUCCUGGCCACGCUGCUCGCCAUCGGGAACUUCCUCAACAGCUCCAACGCUAAAGGCUUUGAGCUGGGUUACCUGGAGAAGGUGGUGGAGGUGAAGGACACGGUUCACCGUCAGUCUCUGCUGCAUCACACCUGCAGCCAGGUGGUGGAAAAUUACCCAGAAUCCUCUGAUGUCUACUCCGAGAUCCCCGCCAUCACCCGCUCCGCCAAAGUGGACUUUGAGCUGCUGGCGGAGAACCUGGUCCAGCUGGAGAGACGCUGCAAAGCAUCAUGGGACAACCUGAAGGUGGUGGCCAAACACGAAACCAAAGCGGUGCUGAAGAACAAGAUGACGGACUUCCUGAAGGACUGCACGCAGAGAAUCAUCAUCCUGAAGGUCGUGCACCGGAGGGUCAUCAACAGGUUCCACUCCUUCCUGCUGUUCCUGGGUCAGCCCUCCUCCUCGGUUCGGGACAUCAAAGUCACCAGUUUCUGUCGGAUCAUCAGCGAGUUCGCUCUGGAGUACCGCACCACCAGAGAGCGAGUCCUGACCAUGAAACGAAAGCGAGCCACUCACAGAGAGAGGACCAAGACCAGAGGCAAGAUGAUCACAGAGACGGAGAAGUUUUCAGGAGCGGUGGAUCAUCAGGACAGCAUCUCCCCCGUCUCCAUGGCGGCGGAGGCGGAGCCGGGUCACGGGGAGCAUGAGAACAUGAAGAACCUGCUGAUCAGCAGCGACAGCCUGAGCGCCGACCCCAGGAGCCUGAGGCGCUCCAGAGCUGUCCGCAGUUUCGGGAGGGUGAGUCCGUCUCCGAUGUCUGUGGCCAGAGAAGACGGGGUCAGCUCCCAGGACGACGCCACAGAUGAGAUCAUGGACCGACUGGUCAAGUCUGUUACCCGGAAUCCAUCAGAGAAACCGUCCAGCCCCAAGACCCGAAAACGGUCCCGACUGAACAGGAAGUCACUGAGGAGGACUCUGAAGAGCGGCCUCACUGUGGACGUGGUUCAGGCUCUGGGACUCAACAGCAAAACAGGAGACAACGUCUGAUCCAUUUGUCAGUGAACACUAUUGAUUAAAGAGACUGAACCCAGAGCAGCUGAGAGACACCACUGGACGCCACAAGGAGCAGGCGAUUGGUCUCCUGCAGGAGGAGAAUCCUCGACCUGCUCGAGGACCUUUCUCUCAGCUGCUCGGUUACAAACAGGAAGAAACGUUGGCACAUUGGACCGGACUUUAGUUUGUGGUUUGUGGUUUUGGUUCUUGAACAUCCAUGAAUGUUUAUAAAUUUGAUGUAGAAAAUCAGAAUGCAGAAAGCGGAGUGAUAACACAUCAGGAUAGUUGAAUAAUAAUGAGUUAAUAUUAACGUGUUGACAAAGAGCAGAUGUUUCAUAUGAACAGUUGAGCAGAACGUGAGCCAAGAAACCCGUUCUUUCAAACUGCCUCCGUGUUUUUAUAACCUUUCCCCUUCACACUGAUCGUUGCAGCGGCGACCUCUUUACACUGCAACUCAGCUAAAGAGACGUCUUCACCUCUGAGACGUUCUCACCACAAGGUCCGUUUAGUCGUCUGGAGCUUUUGAUUGGACGGCAAAGUGUAACUGAUAACUUAAUCUGGUCUUUGUUGACCUCUGUGCAACACCUCUGACCACGCCCGUCACAGUGAGAGACGUCACUUGCUCGGUUUCUAUUUAUUCGCAGUGUGAAAGUCGAGGUGUUUUCUUCCUUUUUAUAUCUUUGUGUUUGUGUUUUCCUCACCUGCAGAGCACCUGUGGAUCUUUCCUUUACACAUUUACCACUUUACAAAUUCACGCAUUGUUAGAAAUCACACUGAAGAAAUAAAGUUAACUAACAUGGGAGCAGUUUGAAAUGCACAUUUAACCCGAGCAUCAAGCAUUUGCCAUCCUGGAAAACAAAAUAAAGUCCUUAAAGGUUUUGAAAAUGGACGCCCCUGAAAAUGUUUAAUCUUAAAGCCAAACCCAGAAGCUUGUAGCGAAACAGUUCUGGGAUCAAUGAAUCUGAUUAAACUCACUAAACACUUAAACGGGUCUUUGAAUUUCCCUAAAGGGGACAUUUAAACCUUUAAACUUUCUGCACUCUGUUCAUUCUGAACCAGAACUCUAUACAUUUAACCAAACAGUCAGUUAUUUAUUAAUUUACCUUAUUAAAAACAAUGUGUGACAGAUUGUUACUGCAUCUCUAUUUGAUUAUUGUGACUUGAACUGAUGGAUAAAGUCUUUACAGUUUGUUCUUACAGUAAUAAUUUUUGAAUGUUAAAGCAGGAGAUUUAAAAUGUGAAAAUCCAUCACAUCCUGUAAAAAUGAAUCAAACUAAUUUGGCACGUUUUUAGAGCUGGAGUGCAAGAGCUCUACAUUUAAAUAAUUAACGCUUUUCUCGCCACGUAAACCUCGCGGCAUACCGGCUUUUUGAAAUCUGGUGUCUGUGGCGACGUCACCGCUGCUGAACAGCUUAAAAAUGUGUUUUAUAAACAAACCUGCUCUAUUAUCACUCCAGCCUGCACAGAAAGCUCCUUGAAAGUCCUUGAAAAGUUAAGCGUGAAUGUUUCUUAUCACCAGGCUUCAACUAAACAAAAUCACACGUCACAAAAACCUGUCACUCUGGUGUUUUCUUAUCUCGUUGAUUCACAGGAUGGAGAGUUAUCGCUUCUGUACAGCUGUGUUAUUUUUGCACUUUGUGGUGUUUUUGGGGUCAGUCGUGUUCAUUCUGUUGUCGUGUUCAUUCAGGCACAGACCGUCUGAGACUCAUGAACAUUUUAUAGAAAGACUUUAUGGAAGAUUGAAUGUGUUCCAGGUAUGAUUAAUAAUGAUUUUUAAUAAAGAACGAAAGGAUUUAAAAAUUA